UUCUAAAAAUCGUAUGGGAAAUAAAGUGGAUUAUUGUGUUGAAUAAUAAUAAUAGUUUAUGAAAAAAUAUAUAUAUUUUCGAAAUUAGCAUUAGCUGUUGUUUGAUUGGCUGCUUUAUUUUCCAAUCGGUCGGCGCUAUUUCAUCACUUUCACAGACUAUCAGGCCAUGAGCUACCAGACAGCUGCAGACGGACUGACUACAUCUCGACUGCUGAUGCCUGUAUUGAACCGAGAGGUGCAGAUGCGGUCUGUCUGGGUCCUCCGUCUGGAGUGAAGACUCUCUAAACUAAACCCAGAGGAACCAUGGACAAACCAGAGAGGUGUUCCUGUGAUGCUCAGGGGUGAGGAGGAGAGCAGCUGAGGAGGAGGAGGAGAUGGGCUGCACCUCUGCCAAGCAGGUGUCUGCUGUGCCCAACGGCGAGGAGGGCCAGAGUAAAGCCUACAGCAACGGGGACCUCCUUUCUGAUGAGUACAAGAUGAAAGGAGUGGAGAAGGUCAAGUACAUCAGUGGAGAAGAGGGAGGCGAGGAUGGCCAGGACAGCACAGAGAAAAGUGCUCUCCUUGGUAAAGGUCAACACAUGGAUGAGACAGGGUCAAACGGAAAUGGAAAGAUUCUGAGCAUCCACUCCUCAGAGAGUCAACAAGAAUUCUUCAGGAUGUUGGAUGAGAAAAUUGAAAAAGGCCAGGACUACUGCUCAGAGGAGGACGAUAUGACAUAGCACUGUGGUCGUGUAUCUAUUGGUCCCAAUAUGAAAGAACUGUCGCAGUGUUACGGAUGGGCCGUACCAUGUGUUACCAUGUUGGGGGGGGGGGGGGCGGGGGGGGGCUGUACCUUGUAUGUACACGCCUGAGAAAAAUGGAUCACUGACUUGAAUCAAGCACCUUUUUGCCCUCUUGCUCACAACCUUAGUUCCUGCUCAUGUAUCAACCAAGAGAGAAAGGACCACCAAAAUCAAAGAGGGUUUAGUAUUUUUAAGUUUUCAUGGUUCUCCAAAUGGAGAGAACAUUUGUUUUUACUUCCUUAAUGAAGCCAUUACAGGAUGACACAGAGCUUUGGAUUUUACUUGCUUUUCUUUCCCUUCUUGGAUGAGUCCUGGAAGGUCAAUACACACAUGGCUGUCACUGAGACUUCCUAUAGACAUUUGAAACAUUCAGGCUGUUGCACAUAUACAUUUUCAACAGCAGAAGCAACCAGUGCUCUCGUUGGACACUCAAAGUGAAAAUAAUGUCUCUAUCUGCAUCAUAUUUGAAUAUUUCAUCCUUUAAUGCCUCCCUGAACCGUCAACAGGUUGGAAACUUCCUGCAUUCCAAGACACAGUUUGAACCUCUUUUCUACAGUACGUUGGUCAGUACAUUGUGUUUGUCUGUCCAUGUCUGUUUCUGCUAUGAUUAUAGAGUAUUUAUGUUGAAUAAGGCUCAGGGUUGAAGUGUUGUAAUCUUUGUCUCAUGUGGUUAAGUCCUUCCUCUCAUUAAAACACUGUUGCACCAUUAAAAAGACACUAACGCACUCACAGCAGGACUAUCGAUGUCCCCUGCUUCAGUAUCUGUCCCGUGUUAAACCCACAGGGUGGACGCUGCUACGUCACAUAGUAGUCUGAUUGUGUAUUUCGCAGUGUUAUGUUGUUGUGUUCAGUUUUCCAUGUUGAAUUUUUGUUUUUCUAGAAAAAUAAAAAGUGUUUUCAGUAAGCUAUCCA